UAGAUAGCAAGGAAAGUGAAUCCAGUAUUGGUAUAUGCUUGAACCAAGCAAAUCAUUUGAUCUAUCAAUUGCUUUAUACCAUAAACAUACUUUAUAAAUAAGAGGGGAAGCUCCAAAUUUUACUUUUAUAUUUUGUGAGAUGAAUCAAGGGAGGUAACUUACAUAUAGCUAUCAAGACUUCAUCAUAGUCUCACAGGAACUUAAUUGUAAUGUUUGUGUAAUGAUUUUUUAAAUCCGCCCUGCAGCUAUUUGUCAUAACUAUGCACACACAAAAGCUAUGACAUUGUCCCCUGAAUGGUGGCUUGAUUGUGGGUUAGGAAAAAAAUCUAAUCAUUUAGUGUCCGUCUGGACAUAGAUAUGGAAAUACAAUACUGGACUGGAAGUGGUGGCGAGUUCGUAUAGGCUUCAUUCAUGCAUUGAUGGGAGUCAAGUCUGUGACUGGGGCAGACCGAUAGCUUGAUUGACUAGAGCAUAAAAGACCGCAAUCUGCUAAAAACCAUCAAAUCAACGGCUGCUGUAGGGUUUGUUGAGGAGUCGAGUGGAUACCUUGUCCAAACUGCUGAAUAAUGCAGCUGGAUGAUAACAUAUGAAAAUUGCUGGGAAAAUAUGUGUUGUGUCAUGUCUUGUUUCAUUUGGGAUGUGCUUUAUAGCAAUUAUUCAUAAAAUGCUGAAAUUGGUUAUUAGGCAUCAAUUAUGCAUAAAGUUUAUUGAUGAAAUGGUAUUAGUGAAUUAUCACAACUCUCCUCAGUAAGUCUGUUGGAACAGUGGUGAUAUAAGUAUGUUUCUUCCUGCUCUCAAACGUCAGAUGAUGAUUGUAUACAGUCCAGGGAGCAUGGAUGGUUUAUCUGAUAGAUGCAGUUUUCCAUUGAUUAUAUGUGUGAUUUCUAUGACUUUACGAAUGUAGAAUUUCUCUACAGAGUUAUAAAAAGCAGUGAAUAAUUGUCGCAUUAGUAAUACAAAAGAAGUUUCAAUCAAUAUGAAUAGGGCCCUGGUUGUUCAUGUGUUGGGAGGCUACAAUUCAUCAGCAUCAAUUGUUUUGAAAGUGUCCUGUAUUCUGUUUUAUUACUGUUGAAGUGAAACAGCACAAGCCUUUUACUAUUUUAAUGUGAAAUUGAUUGAACUGGCUGAACUGUUGUGAGGUGUUUGAUUUUGAAAUUUCUUACUCAACUGUGAACAAAAUGGAAGAGGACAGGACAGAAGAUGUUGUACAAGACUCUGGUGAAAGAAACAUGGACUGCUGUGGUUCUCCGAAGCAGUCGCCAAAAUCAAAACAGAAAAAGAAAACCAAAAGCUCCGAGACUUUGGGAAUUGAAUCGCCCAGAAAGAGGAAAGGGUCAAUAUUUACAAAACUUGGUCACAAACUUCUACAAUCACAUAAGAAAACCUCACCUCAGGAUGAUCUUGAGGACAAUUUGUCAAGGUCAAUGGAAAGCUUGCAUAAGUUAUUAGAUGAUAGAAUUGAUUCUCCAAAUGGAGCUCGAUCAGCCUCCGAGACGAGCAUAUUCACCGGUAAGACAGUUUCCUACGAUACUGGGAGCAACGAUGGCACAGACGAGAGGCUUCGGUCUUAUCCAGUGUCCCCUCUGUUGGGAAGGUCAGAUCAGGGGGUUAGCACUAUCAGACACAGACACAUACUACAGAGGCAGCCUUCGGAAAUCUCAGUGAACUCAAAAUUGGGGGAAUCUGAGUCUACUCGAGAGAGAUCUCACUCAGGGGAUGUUAUCCCUGUGGUUUCAGAGGACUCAAACUUCUUAGUAUUUGAGUGCAAUGAUAAACUAGAGCAGGACACAAGCAUAAGACAACGCAGACAUGAGUUGAUGCAGCAUUCCUUCUUCCAUUUAGAUGUGUGGCUCAAGGAAGGCAAGGAUUUGGUUGUGAGAGAUAGCAGUGGAACCAGUGAUCCAUAUGUCAAAUUCAAAAUUGGCAACAAACAGUAUUACAAAAGUAGAACUGUGUACAAGAACUUGAAUCCAAAAUGGGAUGAGAAGUUUACCAUUCCUAUUGAGGAUGUGUUUAAGCCAGUGUCUGUGAAAUGCUAUGAUUAUGACCGAGGAGUUUCAGACGAUCGAAUGGGUGCAGCAGAAAUAGACCUGUCUAUGCUGAAUCUCAAUAGUCCUACAGAACUGAAGUUGGAGCUGAAAGAGAAGAAAGAUGAUGAAUACAUGGGCUACAUUCUACUACAGUGUACACUGGUGCCAAAGUCUGGGGAAGAGAAAGAGUUCCAGCAGUCGAGAACAACAACAAUUAAGAAAUCUGCAGGGAGUCUAGAAUCACAGGCCAGGAAACUGAAGAUGCAGAUCUGGAGUGGAAUCGUGAACAUUGUGUUAGUGGAGGGUCAGAAUCUCAUGGCUAUGGAUGAUAACGGACUAAGUGACCCCUACGUCAAGUUCAGGCUGGGUCAGGAGAAGUACAAGAGUAAACACAAAUACAAGACUCUGAACCCACGGUGGUUGGAGCAGUUCAGUCUUCGGACAUUUGACGACCAGAGUCAGACUCUGGAAAUCAGUGUCUAUGACCAUGACCUUAGGUCGGACGAUUUCAUGGGCAGAGCUACCAUCGAUCUUUCGGAAAUAGAAAAGGAGAGAACGCACACCAUAGUGAAAGAUCUGGAGGACGGAGCUGGCACCAUCAAACUCUUGCUCACAAUCAGCGGGACUCAGGGAGCCGAGACCAUCACCGACCUCGUCAAUUACACCACCAACACCAAGGAAAGAGACGACCUGUACCGCAGCUAUGGAAUAAUCAACUCCUUUAAAAACCUGAAAGACAUAGGAUGGCUUCAAGUAAAAGUGAUCCGUGCCCAGGGUUUGCUGGCAGCUGACAUCGGAGGGAAGAGUGACCCGUUCUGUGUGUUGGAGCUGGUCAAUGCCCGACUCCAGACACAGACAGAGUACAAAACUCUCAACCCAGAGUGGAACAAAGUCUUCACAUUCAAUGUAAAGGACGUCCACUCUGUGUUAGAGGUGACAGUGUUUGAUGAGGACAGGGAUAAAAAGGCAGAAUUCCUGGGCAAAGUCGCCAUUCCUAUUCUUCUGAUGAAGAGAGGGCUGAGGCGAUGGUAUGCAUUGAAGGACAAAAAACUUCUGGGAAGAUCCAAAGGAGCCAUUUUACUGGAAAUGGAUUUCAUUUACAACCCAGUGAAAGCUGCCAUUCGCACUGUCAACCCCAGAGAGGAAAAAUAUAUGCAACCUGAUCCAAAGUUCAAAAUUUCGCUGAUGAAAAGGAACAUUAACAGAGUUACGCAAAUUAUAUCAUCCAUAAUGGAGGUCGGUAAAUUUCUACAAAGCUGUUUUGAAUGGGAGUCCAAGGCUAGGAGUAUUACUGCCUUCACAGUGUUCCUUAUCAUCACCUGGUUUUUCGAGCCAUACAUGUUACCUGUGACGUUGCUCUUACUAUUUUUGAAAAACUAUCUCAUCAAGUCUGCAAAAGAAGCGUUUUCAGUUGAGAGCAAAGAGGAAGUGGUAAGCGUAGAUGAAGAAGAUGAUGAUGAAGAUGAUGAUGCAGCAAAGGAUGAGAAAAAGAGUGUUCGAGAAAAAUUCCAAGCAGCUCAAGAAGUUUGUUUACAAGUCCAGCAGGGAAUGGACAUGGUGGCAUCUCUCGGGGAGAGGAUCAAAAAUACAUUCAACUGGACGGUCCCCUGGCUGUCCAUGCUGGCUGUGACUGUGUUAUCCAUCGGUGUCAUUGUACUGUAUUACCUUCCAAUCCGUGUUCUCAUCUUAUUAUGGGGCAUUAACAAGUUUACAAAGAAGUUGCGUGCUCCCAAUGCAAUACCCAACAAUGAACUGCUUGAUUUCUUGUCCAGAGUGCCUUCUGACAGUGAACUGAUUCAGUAUAGAGAAUUAGCACCAGAUGUACCUAACCUAGGGAAAAAGAAAAGAGCUUGAUCAGAGCAACAUGAAAUUGUUGUGUUUGACCAAAAUAUUUGCUCACAGUCACUGGUUCAUCUGAAAAUAAAGGGAGACAAGUCUAGAAUAUUGCAAGGACAAGUCCCUAGUAAUUCCCCUUGUGUAGCAACUAAGUGUAGAUCUAUGGAACAAUGGGAAUGUAUAACAUAUUUAAAUUUUUUCCUUCAAUUUUUUUUCCAACUUUUUUUUGGCAAUUGGGAAUGCAUAGUGUCAGGUUAUGAUCUUUUUUUUUUUUACUGGUAUAUAGAUUUUACAAUUGAUAUUUGAAAGAAUUUCAUUUUGUGUAUGGUUUUGGAAGUGUGAAAUAUAUUUUGAAUAUGUAGAUUUGAACAAAUGAAUUUGAUAUACAGGUCUUUAUCCUGCAUAUUACAUUAAGUGAAUUGGACACUGUUUAAAGUGGUAUGUGACGAGAGAGAGAGAGAGAGAGAGAGAAUUGCAUUUGAUAGCUUGAGUGACCAACCACUGCUAUUUAUGAAUCAAAACAAGGGAACUCAUCAUGAAGUUUUAAAAAUCAUACUGCUCCAUUCAGCAAUUUUUAUUUUGACUACCGGUAGAUUUGCUUACAAGUGAAGUGUUCAUAUUAAAAAAAAAUUAAUCAAAGUUUAACUUUUCAUUUAAAUAUGUUGAAAAGGCAGUUUGUUACAAACGGUUGAAUUUUUGCUCAUCCUACACAUUGUUUUCCAAUAAAUUUGUUUCAAUUCCUAAAAAUCAAAUUAGAAAAUGUCAGUGUUGGAUGUAGAAUAUCAUUUUAAAGUGAAAUUACACCAUAAAAAAUGAGUGAAACAUUCAAAGAGGUAAUAGGAAAAUUUUGUAUCUGCUUUGUGCUCAGUCUUCCAUUCUCUGUAGUGCAUGUAAAUGGUUUUAGAUAAUGUGUAUUAAAUUUUUUAGGACUUUUUGUGUGCCUUAAUAGAAAACAGUGACUUACUAUGUAUAGAGCCCUGACACUAUAAUUGUCCUAAGGCAAAGGAAGAGACAUUGUGUUCUUACAGUGUUCAGACAUGCUUGGUUUUGUGAGAUGAUUCGUAUUAAUUAAGAGUGAUUUUUUAAACUUUUAAUUUUGAUAUUUUAAUUGCAAUGAUGCAACCUCAUAUUUCUUUGAUUUAAGAAAUUAAAUUGAUGUACAUAUAUAUAAAUUUAUUUAUGUUGCAAAAUGAAUUCCAUUAGACGAAGAAGAACAAUGUUGAUGACUGCACAAUCUUACGAUUGUAUUGUUGCACUUUAUUUGCAUAAUAUAUUUUUGUUUACCAGUUUAUUAGUAGAAUUUUACUUUUCAAUUUGAAAAUCGUGUAUUUGAUGGGGGAAAAAUCUUUUUUUUUUCUAUAGUAUAUAUUUUGUUUAUUUUGUCUGUAUGCAUGAAGAUCAAACGAUGACUGAUAUUGUUCUCAUACUCAUACUUUGCAUGUACAUGAAAUGAAAAUGGAAUCAGAUAUUGAAAAUGUGCAUGCAUUGAUUUUCAAGUGAUAUUGUACAAUGAAUGACAACAAAAAUCAGACUACAGCGCAUAAUGUAUCAAUUGUGAUCAAUGUCUCUCUCAGAAAUCUUUCUUUGGUUGAAUCUGCAGUAUGUCUAUUUUUAAUAGGAUCAAGGAACAUGUGAAGGAUAUCCUUAAGUUAUCGGUAAUUGGUUUUUCGGAAUAAUUCACAAAUGUUCAGGACAGAAAAUUUUCCUACUUCAUUAUUAAAUCAUUCACUAGGUUAGUUAGGGGUUAAUCUGUAAGCUAUUCCACGUACAUGCAUCAUAUGGGUUCUCACAAUUUAUCAUACAUUAAUCUCUGUUAUAAACUUCUCACCAAUCUGAGCUACAUUGCCACAUGUAAAUGUAGAAGGGAAAAUUGAUCACCAUAAAUUUAUUAUUGGAUAUUCAUUUAAAUUAUAAGCUGUUCAACGAGGGGUUUUUUUUUCCAAAGAAAAUGAAGGAAACUGACACCUUAAUUUGGAAACCAAAUGGGACUACUUUGUUUUCAUUAAAUCUACCUGUAUUGCAUUAAUUAUUUAUAAUUUCUACUGCAACUUCUCAAUGGGAAGUGAAUGGUUGUCUCACUAUAUUCUUUAUUUUUAUGAUAACUGAGAGUUUAUCAGAUAUUUCUUCAGACUAUUUGGGGACCUUCCAUGUCACCUCAAGUCAUCAGUGUAACAUUCCUAUUAGUUAUUCCGUCCUUUUCAUGUUUGUUUUUCCUUCUCUUCAUAUCAUACUUCCUAUACUGACCAUAUCUCGAUACAGGAAGACUAAUCAGUUUUUAAUUAUUUUUUCUCAUUGGUUUAAGCAAAAUUUGUCUAUUUUCAAUUUACUGUUAUGUUGGGGUUGACAUUUGCAAUUACCAAUAUUUGUUAUCAAUGUUUUCUGAAUAAAUGUGAAAUACUC